UGGUCAUAACCAUCUGAACCGCGCCAUCGAGCCAGGCCAUCCCAGCCGUUUUGGUUUUUAUUCAUCCUUGACUCCUCAAAAAAUCUACCGCUCCGCUUUUUUGCGCGUCAGAUUUGCCACUACCAAUGUCACAAGCAGCCAUGUCUUCAUCUUCAUCCACCCCUGUGCCCGCCAAUUCUGAGUGGAAAGCUAAUCUUCGCCCACCACCAAAAGACGCAAGACCGCAAACUCUCGAUGUUACCGCCACGAAGGGGAUGGAAUUCGAGGACAUGUUCCUCCGCCGAGAACUGCUUAUGGGCAUAUUCGAAGCAGGUUUUGAAAAGCCUUCGCCCAUCCAGGAAGAAGCCAUCCCCAUCGCAUUGACUAAACGCGACGUGCUUGCACGCGCCAAGAACGGGACGGGCAAGACCGCCGCAUUCACGAUCCCUGCCUUGCAGCAGGUCGAUGUCACCAAGAACAAGAUUCAAGCGCUCUUACUGGUCCCUACUCGGGAACUUGCACUGCAGACCUCACAAGUCUGUAAGAACUUGGGAAAGCACAUGGGCGUCCAAGUCAUGGUUACAACUGGUGGAACAACGCUCAAGGACGAUAUCAUGCGAUUAUCCGAAACGGUUCAUGUACUGGUUGGUACACCCGGCCGUAUACUCGACCUUGCCGGCAAAAGUGUGGCCGACCUGAGCGAGUGUCCCGUAUUUGUUAUGGAUGAGGCAGACAAGCUGCUGUCUCCGGAAUUCUCGCCGGUUAUGGAGCAGCUUUUGUCAUAUCUGCCUCCGCAGAGACAGGUCAUGUUGUUUAGUGCCACGUUCCCCAUGAUCGUGAAAGAUUUCAAGGAGAAGCAUAUGAAAGCUCCCUACGAGAUCAACCUCAUGGAUGAAUUGACUCUGCGUGGUGUUACACAGUACUACGCCUACGUCGAGGAGAGACAAAAGGUGCACUGUUUGAACACGCUCUUCUCCAAGCUGCAAAUCAACCAGUCGAUUAUCUUUUGCAACUCUACGAACCGGGUCGAAUUGCUCGCCAAGAAAGUCACAGAGUUGGGAUACUCUUGCUUCUACUCGCACGCGAAAAUGUUGCAGUCACACCGUAACCGCGUGUUCCACGAUUUCCGUAACGGUGUCUGCCGCAAUCUUGUCUGUUCCGACCUCUUGACGCGUGGUAUCGACAUUCAAGCGGUGAACGUCGUCAUCAACUUCGAUUUUCCCAAGAACUCGGAGACCUAUCUCCACCGUAUCGGUCGAUCAGGUCGCUUUGGACAUCUUGGACUUGCGAUCAAUCUGGUCACCUACGAGGAUCGGUUCAACCUGUACAAAAUCGAACAGGAACUGGGCACCGAGAUCAGCCCUAUCCCGCAAGUCAUUGACCGUGGAUUGUAUGUCGAUCCGAGCGCGACCCAGGACGAUGUGCAACGGCCCCAGCCGCAGCAGCCGCAGCAACAGCAGCAACAGAUGAAACCAGCGCAACCCAUGGGACCUCCCCGCCCUAUUGUGCAGCAUAUGCAACCCCAGCCACAGGUCCUUUACCAGAGCAAUGGUGGCGCUCCCCAACAACGAUCGCCAAUGCCGAUGCGGGCGAACGGAUCAAUGGCACCAGGGCCUGGGGCUUAUCGUGGCCAGCCAGGACCUCGAUGAAGAGCUAUCUGAGGCGCGGUCUGCCACUGCUCUUUCACCAAGCAGCCGCCACCGACUACAUGACCCAUUUCCGCAGUACCUCGUCUCAUAUAUUACACUAAACACAAGCAAAUCGUCCCCUUCCAUUCUGGUUCCUUCACGACUGUAUUUUUAUCGACCCUCACGAUUUGCUUGCUAUGUCGACCCAGAACCUCUUUCUCACUUUUCUUGCGAGGCUGCACUUUUAAUGGACGUGAUGUCGGGCAUUUCUUUGGCGCGGUUGAGUUGUUGGAUUUUGUCUGUGUGUGGGCUGCAGGGCAGUGGGAUAUCAAGGCAGAUAGUUUGCGUGCUAGCACAGUUCUCGCAGUUGUGUAAUAGUCACAGUUCAAUGCGAAUAUCGCCGUCCUAGCUUCCUACUUCCAUUGUUGCUAAUGUGUUCUUAUGACAGCUCCGGCAUCCGACGAACGACUUUGCCUUCGUUCCUCGCGUGUAUCUUGAGCUUUGCGAGGAUUGGAGAAUCGGCCCAUCGUGGCGGAGGCGUUCGCUCCGCGGUAGCCCAAUAGUAAAUGUCCCAGUCUGCUUCGUCCAAGAGCUUAUCAUACUCCUUGAGCUCCGCCUCGGACAUUGUCGGCAGAUUUUCCCGAGCAAAUGUGCUCAAAAUCAGGUCACUCUCCAGUGUCCCACGUUUCCGUGACUGAUAUACGAGCCGUGCGCGCAUUGUCGACACAUUCUCGUUCAGUCGCGGAAGAGGGGUUGGAGCUGGAGCGUCAGACGGAGUUUGAGUGUUGGAUAGAUGCUCCGGCGAAUGGGGGAGAGGCCACGGGUCUGCACGCACGAUAGCUGAGCGCGACAAGAAUCGAAUCUGACGUUGCAGCAUGCCAGUGAACGGUGGUCUCAGCGGAGUGAUGACUGUCCUACUCGGGAGGAU